UACAUUCUCGCCUGAGUCCCUUGUUGUGUUAUCAUCAGAGGUUAGACGUCAGUCUUAGUGGUGGUGUCUUAGUGCUGUGUGGCCUCUUCUAGUGUCCCGCCAUGACCACCCUGGCUACCCUCCUCCUCCUCACACUGGCCGGGACGUGCUAUGGGGCCGGCGGUGGCGGAGUGGCGAGCGCAAGCAGUAGUGGAGCGAGCUCACUCACAGAAACCGAAGGAACUCGUCGUCUUGUGGAGGGUAAACCAUUGUCGUUGUCCUGUGACUACAAUGCAACAGAACUUCAUGCUACAUGGAUGAAGGAUGGAAAAGAGGUGCUUGAUGGUGAUCACAUCAAGCUGUACACAAACACUACUUUAUACAUUGCUUCUGCCACAAAACAAGACCUGGGAAACUACACAUGCACAGUUCCUGGGGACCAAGAGCCCAGAGUCAUCAAUGUUGUUGAAAUCUCUCUUCAUAAACACUUGCCCAAGUCCACAACGGUGUUAGAGAACGACAAGCUCUCUCUCACGUGCUUGGUGGAAGGUGAUCCUUUUCCAGUUGUUCAGUGGCUCAAAGAUGGGGAACCAAUUCAAGACACCAUCAAUUCUUCAAGAAUGGUAUUAUCAGAAAAUGAGUACCAUGUCCCUAAUUCUAGUCUGUUAAUCAAGCCUAUAAUGAAAUCUGAUGAUGGUAACUAUGUUUGCCUUGUAUCCCAGUACUCCAUCCAGCUCAACACAACAACAGACGUACGCGUCAAAGAUAUUUAUGCUGCUCUGUGGCCUUUCCUUGGCAUUGUAGCCGAGGUUCUGGUACUGUGUACAAUUAUCUUCAUCUACGAGAAGCGUCGCAUAAAGCCCAACUUUGACGACUCUGACACGGACCACAUCUCGGAACAGAAAAGCAAAACUGAAAACAACAAGGAGGCUGAAGUUAGACAGAGGAAGUAGAGGUGCAUUCAGAUGUAAGAAACAUGAAGAAUUGUGAAGCAUACUUUACAAAAAAAUCCUUUUGAACAGAAAAAAACCAUGAAAAUGACAACUCUGGCGUUUAAGAUUGAUCGUGAGCCAUGAGUUGUAACCGUUUCCUUAUAGCAACAGGAAUGUGUUGGUGUAGAAUAGUACAAGUGAGUUUUGCAGGUUUAGUGCUUAAGCAUCUGGAAGCACCGCCUCUGAGAACAUCCACAAGCAAAUUCGACGAGAGAGAUGUAUAACUAUGAGAAUAUGGUACCAAGGUAAAGUGAUUUGUUUAUUUUUAGAAUAAGAAUAACUAUUGAAAUUUAUGUUUAUAUUAAUAUAUAUAAUAUUAAAGACAAGAUUUACAAAAUUAAAGACAAUUUAAAGUUCUUGUUAAAUUCAUAUACAGACGAGUCAUAAAAUAAAUAUACCUAGGAAUUGGUUUUUAAAUAUUCAUAAUUACUUUUCUAUACAAGCCCCACACAAUUGCUGUAUUUUUUUAUCUUAAGUACUGUAGGUAGCUCGAAAAGAAUGGUAGAAAAUAUUCAUAGAUUUUGUAUUGUUUGACUUACGUGGUGACCAGUGUACCAGUCAUUUUUUGGGGUUUCCUGGUAUAAAAAGAGUGAAAAAAAUACUUGUGUAAAAGGAAAGGGACGUGUAAUCUAUAAGAGCCACGGAGAUAAGUAUAUUAUUGCAGUAUUUUUACUUUUAUAACAUCAGCAUGUUGUAUAACCAGUAGUAACAACCCAUUUAUAAUAUAGAACCCCAAGUACAGUACAUUGAUUAGUUAUUAUUAGUUGCUUGGGGUUUGGAGUGAUUUUGAGUAAUUGUCCAAAUGUGUCUAACCCUACUUCAAAGUUUUAGAACUAGUACAUCAUGAUUGUUUUAUGAUUUUAUUUUGUGGCUUUAUAUAAUUUUUCAGAAGUCAAAAUAUUUUUAGUGUUGAGCCAUGACUUGCAAUGCUUACACAAUAUGUUGAGUUGGUAUCUUUUGAUGCAGAGGACACCAAAAGUGGUAAUGUAAGUGAAAUGUAAUUUACUGAAAGAAAUUAUUCCUUCAACAUUAAUAGACAAAUAAUUAACCUGUUGGUAUUUAAGGAUUAAAUUGUGGUUAUCUUGUCUGAAAAGAAUGUGUAAGAACCCUCAGAGAUGGAAAUUUAUGAUUAUCGUCAUGAAAGUAAAUUUAGUCACCCUUAAGAAUGGUGCGAAUAUGAAAACUGCUCUAAUCAGUGGUUUUAUUAUAGAUAUUCAUCAUGGUGGGCAAAUUGUUUUUUUUUAGUAUUGCAUAAGACUGGUCAUGCCAUAAUUUUUCAAUGUUAAAAUUUAAUGAUUUACAAGAUUUGACAAAUUCUAUAUUACUAGUAAUUCCAUUCUCAGAACUUAACAAGCAUAACAUUUGAAGCCAUUUUAUAUUGUCUUUUUGGCUUGAUGCUUUCUUCUGAUAGUUGCUUGGUUGAACUGAUUGUAUAUGAACCAAAGCAUGAGAACUCGGGCAACCCACCCAACAUAUCGAGCUCGAUAAAUUACUCGUUAGUCCGAGGAAGUGUGAAUAGCGGGAGGUUUGGGUGUAUGUGGUGCGAGUGUGUGUGUGUAAAAUGUGUGAACAGGGAGAGGUGCGAGUGCAAGCAGUGGUGUGAACAGGAAAGGUUUGACUACUUUUGAGUACAAUAGAUCUUGGGUCAUAUAUAUUUAGGUUGCAAAAUGAAGAAAAAAUUUACUAAAAACAUAUAAAUAUAUUAUAGGGUGAUCUGUUUAUUUAAAUAAAUCAUUGUCAUAAGUACUGUACUGUAUGCAACUGGCCUGAUUUGCCUAAUAACAACGUACGGGAAAUUUUUCUAAAUUCAAACGGUUUUUCCCAAAAGUUAUCAGUGUAGCUUACUCCAUCAGCGAGGCUUGUAACUUUUCAGUAUUUUGCUCUAAUGCAAACAAUUUCAAAGAUAUGUAUUGUUUCUUUGAUUCAGGAAUGUUGCUACAAGCCUUGAGGGUGUGCAGCCCUGAGUUUUUCUAUAAAGAGAUUGCUAAAAUAUAUGAAAUUGGGAAGAGUUUAAAAUGCCCUAAGAUGUUUUUGCGUUGCUUAUUCGGGCAAGCUAAACGUACGUUUUAUAAUCAUGUCCCCAAAGCUAAACCAGAAAUUAGAAACUCGUUGGUGGUACAGCAGUCCUUAUAUGGUAGGACUAGGAAAAACUUUCCCCAGUUUUUAAGAACCUUAAUAUGAAUCUGGUGUUCAAUAAUAGUAUGAUUAAGUCCAAUUUAAUAAAAAAAAUUCCCAGGUACAGCAGGUUGUGUGUUCAAUUCCCUGCAAUAAUUGGUAGUCUAUGUACCUCGGACGAACUGGAAAAUCCUUACAAUUGCACUUUUCCCAACAUGCUAGACAACUGCCCAGAUUUCUAGUGCAUUGUACCUACACGCAAGUUUGUGUGAUCACACUAUUAAUUAGGGAGAGGCGAAAAGCAUUACCAAUUGCAGCGGUUUUGUUGAAUGGAAUUUGAUUGAGUCUGCCCUAAUCAGUGUCCAAAUCUUCUUGAUGUUAGUACUGGUAUGUACAAACAUGACCCAUAUUUAAGUUGCAAUAUUGCACAACAAUUUAUGGAAAAAACUUGUCAGGGAGUGUUACAGUGUCUCAAUACAAUAUUAUAAUAGAUAUAUUAUCUAUUUGUGCAAUGAGUCUUUUUCUUUAUUCUUUCAAACUUAUUCUCUGACCACUUGUUACUUCUGGACUGUUCUAAGGUACUCUAUACCUGCUUGUGGCUACAUCACUCCCUGGGGAUGGGUGAUCAGGCUGCAGACAUUGGGCUCCACCCUCCCUCUGCUCCUCUUAGCCAGUCUGUUGUUGAGAAAGGCUCUAACCAGCCGAAACGUUUUUGCAUAACUACAUUUUAAAAUGCCUUUUGAAAUUUGUUCUUUAAUAACUACGUACUACAUGAAUUACUUGUGCCUAGUUUUAUGUACUGGGCAGUGCCGAGUAAUAAUCGGCAUAAUUGGGUUGUAUAAAAAAUAAGGCUCGAAUCAAAAUUUAAAAAUAAUUUUGCUUGGGAAAUUCUGGCUAUUAGGUAUGAGACACAUUGCUGUGUGUGUGUAUGUAUGUAUGUAUGUAUAUAUAUAUAUAAUAUAUAUAAUAUAUAUAUAUAUAUAUAUAUAUAUAUAUAUUAUAUAAAGAAAAUUGAUUACUUGCUACUCUUUUUAUCCUAGUAUUAAUCAGAGUUACUGCUAUAAUUACUGAAAUAGCUCUUCAGGCAAUUAAAUUAUCUUGCCCCUUUCCAAACACUGUUCUCUAGGAAAUGGCAUAUUCCCUAAAAGUUGUGUGGAGGAAUUAGUGAUACAUUCACCAUAAUUAUUGUAAUAGGUAAACCAUUCACUCCAUUCCUCCUUCCCCUGUGUUAUGAGUGUUAAUAGAGAAUAGGUGCACAAGUAUCAUUCUAUUAAAUGUACAUUCAAGCAGUCCUGUAGUGAAAUUGCUCUCGUCACAGUGCCACAUCGAUAUGAUGAUGAUUACUUUUGGCUAGAUUGCACAGACAGUUGCAAGAUUUUUAGGUUUUUUGAGCCAUGUUUAACGGCUAAAAAAAAAAAUUGCAUUUUAUCUCUCAUUCUGUGGUAUGUAAAAAUGUGCCUUCAUCAUAAUGCCUUUUGUUUAAGAGGGACCUUCUCAAACUUUGAGAUUGCUUCCAUAGUACCAGUAAUUAAUAGUGGGAGGUAAAGUUGAGCAAAGAUGCAUUGUGUACUCAAAUGGUUUUUUUUUCAGACUAUUCCAUGCCUUUUCCCAGUUGAUGCAAUAACCAGCAUUUUUAGUCACGUGUGUGUCAAACAUAAUUGCUUUUUUUUUUUUUUUUUUCUUUGUAUUGGCUGGAAAAUGGUAGAGAAGAUUGUUUCAAUUUCUUUAUUGAUCCUGUUUGUUCAUAGUUUGUUGAUGUAGGUAGUGAAGAGCACAAAGUGCUGACAACAGUGUAGAAACACCAAGAGAAGAGAAAGACUUGAAUAGCAAAUGACGUUUUUUCUGUGAGACCUUUAUCAAGGCUAAUAUACCGGGCUAGUGCUCAUAAUGGGGCUACAUAGGGGAAGAAGGGGAAGGAACUAUCAAGAGAAAGUGCCAAGCCAUUGAAAGUGUGUGCAAAAGACAUCUAUUACAAUCCAAACUUUUGUUAGCAGCAAUAGUUGCCUUAUAAUAAUCAACAAAGUAAAUGUAUGCAAAGCAUCCCAAAACCUAAAUAUGGUGAUUUAUGAACACUUAUGUCUGUUUCGCUAACAACAACAACAACAACAGUGUGCGUCUUGCACAUAGGAGCAACCAUUCAUUAGCUUAAGAGAUGCUAAGCUUAUUAACAAAGAAGAAAAUAUUAGGUGACUGUGUAUUGAGUCUGCAGCCAUUAAACACUGCAACACCAUCAAAUAGCAUGAAAAUUUAAUGUUGCCAUCUGGUUGAUACUUGGUUGAUGGGGUUCUGGGAGUUCUUCUACUCCCCAAGCCUGGCCCGAGGCCAGGCUUGACUUGUGAGAGUUUGGUCCACUAGGCUGUUGCUUGGAGCAGCCCUCAGGCCCACAUACCCACCACAGUCCGGUUGGUCCGGCACUCCUUGGAGGAAUAAAUCUAGUUUCCUCUUGAAGAUGUCCACGGUUGUUCCGGCAACCCUCUUGCUAGCUUAAUACUUCAUAUACAUGGAUAAAACUACAAAAUCUAUCGCCCUCACUUGUUUUGCCAUGUUGCCCUUUUAUAAGCAUUCGCCUUGUGAAUAAGAUUUUAUGAAGCCCUUACAUGGGAAAUAAUAUUUGCUUUUAAGGUUAGUCUCUUUGAUGCUUCUAUAAUGUUGACUGUUAAAAAUAGAUCCUCAUAGUUUUAUUGUCUUCAAAGUAUUGUACUAAAAAUUAUAUAGUUGUAUAAAUAUUUAUAUUGAAGAUGAUGGUAAAUUUUAUUAAUUUUCUUUUUUUUAUAGAUUUUAUUCAAAUUACAUACAGUAUCAAUACUAAAAUAAUGUGCAAAUUAUAUAUAUUUUAUUUUGCAUCUCAAUGUAUGCAAGGUGUUUACAUUCUUAAUAAAUAUAUAUUAACUAA